AUGGUUGUGGCUCACAGGGCUAUGAGGGACCAAGUGUUCCGUAAAACAAUGUCUCCCUCAGAUGCAGUCACGCUAUAUGAUGCCGGGGCUGGUCAAUCCCAGGGUGGUAGGAAGCAUCAAGAGGAUCGGUGCGCACUGAUUCUUCCAGAUAGGUUUCCUUCGAACAGCCAAGACAAAGUUGCAUUCUUCGCAGUCUAUGAUGGGCACGGUUCUGCGUUGGUUUCAGAACAUGUUAAUAACACUAUGCACCACCUGCUGGGACGGCGUCCAGAGCUUGCACGAGAUGAUUGGGCCGGGGCUAUCAAGGCAGCACUGGCGGAGGAAGACAGGAUUUUGUUGGAUACGUUCAAGUAUCAAUCGGCCGAGCCUGCCAUCUCAGGGUCGACAGUGGCAAUAUGCUGCAUUAAUCUCACCAAGGGUGAGCUGGUCAUCUCCAAUCUGGGUGACACGCAUGUUAUCCUGGCCGAGCGGGACCUACAAACUGAGCAUCCGUAUCACAUUCGACGUCUCACAGAGGCUCACAAGCCUGGCGUUCCCAGAGAAAAGUCCCGAAUUGAGCAGGCAGGCGGUGCAGUUAUCAACCGCAACGGCACGCAACGAGUUGGUGGGUUAGGAAUGAGAUUGGCCCUCAAAAUCAAAUACUUACUCGUAGGGAUAGGAUCCUUGAAUAUCUCUCGGGCACUCGGCGACCUGCAGUACAAGAAUCCGGUGAAUACAUUCACAGACAACCCUGUACCAGACCCCGCCUCAUCGGCUGGUAGCCGACCGGAAACUCGGGGCGACUUCCUAUCCAAUGAUCCAUAUACGUCACGACGGACAUUGCGAACAGACCGCCGUUAUCUGUUACUGGUGGUGUCCGACGGAGUUACCGAUCGAGUGGAUGACACGACCCUGGUUCAACACGUGAUGAAGUUAUCGAUGCGGGGAAAACCAGCGAGUGAAAUUGCACAAGAAAUUGCUACCAAUAGUGCCAGCAGGCCUCAUAGUGACAAUGCAACAUGCAUUGUAGCGAUGUUGGACGGACAGGGAUCGUGA